AUGAAGAGUUACCUUAAAUGUUUGGACUUGGGCCUUGUGAUUGGCCCAAUUGAUACACUUAAUGGAUCUUCGUUAUGCUGGGCCGCAUCAAUAAGCAAAGAGAUUUCAGCUCUAAUUUCUAAGGGGUGCCCCAUAAAAAAGGGUGACCCCGAGGCGUUUGUUGUUCCAUGUGCCUUCAAGGACAUGGAAUUUAACAACGCCUUGGCCGAUCUUGGAGCUUCCAUUAACUUGAUGCCUUCAUGUGUUUUUGAAAAAUUGAGAUUGUCUUACUUGAGUCCAACCCGACUCAACCUCUGUCUUGUCGAUGGGACCAUCCGGUGUCCGAAAGGUAUUGUAGAGGAUGUGUUGGUGAAGGUUGGAGAAAUCAUUGUGCUGAUUGAUUUUGUUGUAUGUGAUAUGGGCGUUGAGGAUUCUUGUGGCCCGUUGAUACUUGGGAGGUCAUUUUUAGCAACUUGCCAUGCCAUAAUUGAUGUUAGCAUGGGUGAGAUUACUCUUCGAUUCAAUGGGAAUAGAGCCAAUUUGAAAUGGCUACUUUUGUGA